GCAUCCCGUACGAUCGGUUCAAGACGUUGGCGGCCUCGGCACCGCAGGAGAUCGCCGACUCUCAGCAGAUCAUCCUGGGCGUCGAUCGGCUCGACUACACCAAGGGCCUCGUGAAUCGCAUCCGCGCCUUCGAACGCCUCCUGGAGAAACACCCCGAGUACAUCAACAAGGUCACGUUUCUGCAGGUGGCAGUGCCGUCACGUACCGACGUCAAGGUAUACCAGGAGCUGAAAGAGGAGAUCGACAUGCUGAUCGGCCAGGUGAACGGGCGCUUCACCACACCCAUGUGGUCGCCGAUCCGCUACAUCUACGGCUGCAUCUCGCACGAGCAGCUGGCCGGCUUUUACCGGGACGCGGCCGUGGCGCUGGUGACCCCGCUACGUGACGGCAUGAACCUCGUGGCCAAGGAGUUCGUUGCGUGCCAGAACGAGGAGGACCCGGGCGUGCUGAUUCUGUCACCGUUCGCGGGCUCGGGGGCGCAGAUGAUGGAGGCCCUGCUGGUGAACCCGUACGAGAUCGACGACGUGGCGGAGACCACGCACCGGGCGUUGACGAUGGAGGUGGACGAGCGCCGACUGCGCAUGGCCUGCCUGCGCCGGCGCGAGAAGGCACAUGACGUCACCUACUGGCUGCGCACCUUCCUCAAGGAGAUGGGUACGCUACGGAUGGAGGACGGCGACAGUGUGCGGCCAACGCAGCUGAUGCCGGUGAGCAUCCAGGACUUCGACGAGUACCUACGGGACUACAUCCGGCCGACAGACCGCGUGGCGCUGUUGCUCGACUACGACGGCACGCUGGCGCCGAUUGCCAAGCUCCCGGAGCUCGCCACCAUCCCCGUCGAGACGAAGCGCGUGCUCGAGCGGCUGGCCAACAUCUCGUCUGUCAACAUCGCCAUCAUAUCGGGCCGCAGCUUGGCCGACGUGCGCGGUAUGGUCGGCGUCGGCAACAUCACGUACGCCGGUAAUCACGGCCUCGAAAUCCUGCACCCGGACGGCACCAAGUUUGUGCACCCGGUACCGUCCGAGUACGAGUCCCAGCUCGGCUACCUCCUGCAGGCGCUGCAGGACCGGUGCUGCCGCGAUGGCGCUUGGGUCGAGAACAAGGGCGUCAUCCUCACCUACCACUACCGCCAGGUGCCCAGCGACAAGUGCGAGACGCUGGUGGCCGAGGCGCGCGAGAUCUUCCACAAAUACGGCUUCGCGCCGUCCAUGGCGCACCGCGCUAUCGAGGCGCGCCCUCCCGUCAGGUGGAACAAGGGCCGCGCCUCCAUCUACAUCCUGCGCACGCUGUACGGCCUCGACUGGCAGGAGGGUGUGCGCGUGCUGUUCGCCGGCGACGACGCCACCGACGAAGACGCGAUGCGCGUGCUGAAGGGCAUGGCUGUGAGCUUCCGGGUCACGGCCAUGUCGUCGGUGCGCACCAUGGCCAACCGGCGCCUGCCCGACACUGACUCUGUGCUGAUGAUGCUCAAGUGGGUGGAGCGCCAGAUGGCCGCGGCGCCCCGUCCGCGGCGCAGCACGCCGCCCACCGGCUCCUCGCCGCCCCGCGAAAAGGUGCUCCAGUACCAGAUGUCGAUGGAGGAGAAGGAGAUGCAGCACAUUAUGGCCAAUGGCCGAGGGCGCGGUCGCGGUGGUGGCGUCGGCACCACGCGGCCGACCGCCACCGAGCUGCCGACGGGCGCGUAGUGCCGUGGCGGGCGGGGCCGGCGGCGGUUGCGCUGCUGCCGGGCCCUGCGGGUGGGUUUGGUCUCCAGGGUCCGCGGUCCGUUCGCGCACGGGUGCUCCGCCACCUCCUCCGAGCAGUGCUCCGCAGGUGGAAGCCCUCGAGGUGGUGCAGUGAUCGUCGGGGCUGGCGGUGAGGGCGACGCAGGUGAUUUGCGAUACUCACUGAAACCGCUAGCCGUCUGAGGGAGUGGAGGCUGGAACGCUUCCACGUGAUUUGUACUUGAGCGUUGGCGGGUGGCAGAACGUCGUUCCCGGAUGCUGGGUUCGCAGCUUGGCUGGUCCUUAUUUGCUGGUCUCCUGCUUACGCGGAUAUCCCGCUGAUAUGUGUUGUGGCUUCCAAGACGAGCACGACUCCUACCCCAGUCGCAGCCGAGCGAGUACAAUGUUCAGGAGACUUCCAACUGCUCCAGGUGGCGGCGCUCGAUGUACUGUAGCUGGGAUGUACACGUAUUCCUGGCUGGUCGAACGAGGAAAGACAGACUGGCGCUUGUACUAUAGAUUUGCUCGCGCCGCAUUUUUUUUUUUUUAGUAUAGUACCGGGCUCCAUUGUCUGGUGACUAUGCUGCGUUCAAAUAAAGUGGGCGUGAAAGCAGUGUAAACGGUGUUUAAUGGCGCGACAUGAGGAAAACGACGUGAGAGGAUCAGUAUCCCAACAGCUGUUAUUUGUGAUUCAUGGGUGGCAAUAUACAGUGCGCCUUACCAAC